ACGGGGAGAGAGAGAGAGAGAGCCCGCGAAAGAGUGAGAAAGAAUGCAAGUGGGCGGAACGUGAAGGAAUGAAAAAACAGGAACCAGGUGAUAACGUGCCAAAGUACACCUGCACACCUGCGUGAAGCCACUCCUUUCCCAGGACGCGUUGGAGAUGGUUGUGAAGCGGAGGCCGGAAAAAACAUUUACAUUUUUGAAAUUUUUAAUUUUCGACUCUGGUUUGAGGAAUUUGGGCAAUAAAAAGGGUUGAGUUUAGAUAUUUUUUGCUGUUUGUAAUACAUGCUGCUUUCAAUAGAAUUCACUAAACGGUGGCAGCUUCGGAGUCGAACUUUCUUUUUCGUUUUUUGUGAUCGACACACCGAAUGACGAUGUGGUCCGUGAAGGUCAUCACCCUCCUCCUGAUCUGCUACGCGUGUCUUUCGACUAUCAACGGGAAAGUGAGUUUCGACUCAAAGAACUUUCACAACGUGCUCCACUGGGACGCCGCGGAGCCGGCUUGCCCCGGGGAAGAGGUCCUCUACAGCGUGCGGUACAAGAGUGACGUAGCAGAAGGGAAGUUCCUGAUAAAAGAGGAGUGUCAGAACAUCACGGCUCUGGUCUGCGACCUGACUGCGGAAACGCCAUCAGUCCACGACGUCCACUACCACGCUCAGGUCUACUGCAACGGCAACCUACAUGGCCAAACCGUGAGGUUCACACCUAUAGCGAAAACCACGCUCGGUCCGCCCGUCUUAUCUACACACUCGACAGUGUCGGCCUUCUAUGUCAAUGUGACCGUUCCCCUGGGGCCAAACGGAGUCUCCGUUGCUGACAUCAUCACCAGGAGCAAACCCUUCGAAACUGGAUUAGUUUAUAUCUUAAAAAUCACAGAGCCACUGUGGGCCGCGACGGUAAAUAAAACAACAACUGGCCGGUUUGUCAUCGGCUUGAAGAACAACCGAACAGAGUACUGCGGCUACGUGGUGUACACACCCCAGGCGGAAGCAGGCCGCUCGGAGAGUGAGCCAGCCCACUUCUGUGUCACGCUGCCAGGUGAUCCUCUGGAUUUCCUGCCGUGGCUUCUGGCGAGUGCUGCUCUCCUCGCGGCCGUCAUUGCAACAUCGGUCGUGUUCAUGUGCAAAUACGUGAACGGUGGAAAGGGAAAAAGCAUCCCAAUGAUACUGUCCAAACAGGAAAUCAGCCCCAGCACCCCGCCCGAAGUGAUGGAGCCCCUGGACUGGAAUAUCAAGAUUUUUAAGGUGGAGAUCUGCAUCGAAACUGAAAAAACAGUAGAGACAAUGACCCAAGCGAAGACCCCGGCGAGGUCAGCAGGUUACUCCCCCCAGGACAACCUUGGCCAAAACUGGCAAGAUGGCACCGUCGGCACGGGUGAACGCAGCCGGACUUCAGGCCCAGAGGACACGAGUGCUCAUUCCUCCGAGACCUACGGUGUGGUGGUCCAAGAGCCUAACAAAAACGGCCGCGUAGGGACCGGUCACGCGCCAACGCUCGAAAGGUGGGAUCCGAGGCCAACGCCAUACAGAAAGCAAGCGCUGCCUCACGAGGAACCUGACGAGGAACCUGACGAGGACAACGCGGCCGGGCGACUGUGCCUGCACACGGUGCUGGGUACCAAAGGACAACUUGUGUUGCUGCUUCCUCAGUUACAGAGCAGCAGCGCCGGGGACAGAGGGACACCCCUCAGCCCGGAGAGGAAACCCCUUUUAUCGGACCUCAAAGAUUCCGGGCCGUCGUUGGCCUCAAUCAACAGCUUCGACGGCUCAGAGUUUACGGACUCAGGGUGCGACGAUAGCACCGUAACCACGCCAACGCACCCCUACUGCAACGGCCACUAUCCCCCGUCGCAACCGGACGCUCCUUAUGUCCAGCAGGGAUGGACGAACGCGUCGUCGGGUGACGCAGCACAGAGAGACACACCAAACUGUUUUCCCGCGCUCCUUCUUGAGACUCAAUCCAAAGACGUUUGUGGAUACAGAACGACGGGCUGCCCGCGGACCUGCGCCGGUCCCAAAAAAGAGGAGGGAGGCGGGAAAGAAGAAGAAAGCGAAGUAGAGGAGACAAAGCCAAUCCUGCUGGGAGGUUGGGUGGUGCAUAUUGCAGACUAAUGUGCAUUGCAGGAGGUUGACGGGUGCUUUGGUAGAAAUACAAUGUGAAUUAAGACAUUUUACAACCACAUGUGAACCUUUAACUACAAAUCAAAGUGAUGCAUAAUGGUUUGUUCCAUCCCUUUUCUAUUUAUUUAUUAAAUCACGUUUGUAUUACCAAAAAGUAUGGAUAAUCAUAAAUUGUGUGUUUACAUUUGAAGACGGUGAAUAUACAUUCUUAAGUUAUUUGCUUUGUAAUAGCGUUGCAAAAAACAAUCAUUUUCAUGUUUGAACAGUUUACAGAUUAUUUUUUACUCAUUGAUUCAGUCACUAAAGAAUUUCUGAAAAUGACUGUUUUCCUUUUAUGUUUCAAACAAUGCUCCUGACUGUUUUCAAUCUCCUUGCUUUAUGUUUGGAUGUUUUUAAUGGCUUCAGAUGAAGUACUUUUAUUGAAUUUACUGAAUUUUAUGAAAUGGGUUUCGUUAAAAUGUCUUGCUUUGUGAGUCCAAAGACAACCAGUUUAUUUUUCAGUCGCCCCAAUUUUAUUUCGCCCCGUUAUUUUGUUAAAGAAUUACUUUGACAUAUCUUUCACAACCUCUUGCAUUGUUAUGGUGAUAUAAAGCUGUGUUCAGACAGCUAAAGGCUGUUUUAUUUUAUUGUAAGGGGUUUAAAAUGCAAUUAUGAUCACACAAAAAAGUUUUGUUCAACUCAGCCAAAACAGUUUGUAAAUGUUUUAAUUUUUAUUUUUUUAGCAUCACCAUAGUGACACAUUAUUGCCACUUGCCACACAUACUCAAUCUGGUCACCUUUAAAUUAUAAUGUAAUAGAAUAGAAUAGAAGUACUUUAUUGAUCCCCGAGGGGAAAUUCAAAAUCCAGGUAGCUCCUGACAAUGUACAAACAAACUAAUGUGGAGUCAGUCUUAAAGAUUAGAUGUGAAAUCAAACCUGAUGUCCUUUUGGCCAAACAAAGCAUGAGACAUUCUCACCUUCUGAGCUGUUUAAAAAGAGACCGAAAUGACUGAAUCACUGCUGCUAUAUUCCUGUUCAUGUUUACAAGGGCUGUGUGUUAUAAAAUUAUUAUUAUAAAAUAAUAAAUUCUUACUGUGUAUUACUUUGCAAAGUUCCAAAGGUCAUUUUGUAAUCGUGACUGUUUGCUGUUGCAGGAGAAAAAAGCUCCAGUAUGUAAGAGCAUAUUAGAGGGUCAUGCAGUCAUGGUUCAACCGAAGUCGCACUGAUAACAGCCUGGUUUUUAACAGCC